AUGUUCAGGCGUCGAGUACGUGGUAAAGGAACAUCAUCACGCCAGCAAUGCCAAGAAACUGAUUCUUCUGAUGAAAGUGCCGAUGGAUCUGUCGUAGUAGGAUUACAAAAGAAGCGAAGAAUAAAUAUAAACGUCUCUUCUACAAAGAAAUUAAAAAAGACUAGCGAUGAUAACGAUGAUUCGGAGUCCUCUUCGGAAAAAGCUGAGGAAUGUGUGGAUAAAUUACAUAUUGCUUUUCAAUCGAGUGGUACUGCGGAAAGGGCUGGUCCUUCUGAUAUGGGUGCCACUGCUAUUAAUGAAGUGGAAACAGAGGAAAGUUGUGAUGCCCAAGCACAGUUUGAACGAGUUCAAAGGGCCCUUAAAGAAGGCCAUGAUGAAAAGAUCUAUAAAGGUGCUGCAAUGUAUGGUGCUAAAGAAAAGAAGGAUACUGCAAUAGGAAAUGCUUCAUCUAAGUGGAAUAGAAUUGGACCAAUGAGAGCACCAAAUUUUAUUCGACAAUCGGUUCGAUGGGAUUAUGCACCUGAUAUUUGCAAAGAUUAUAAGGAGACAGGCUAUUGCACUUUUGGUGAUUCAUGCAAAUUUCUUCAUGAUCGAACGGAUUAUAAACACGGAUGGGAAAUUGAACGAGAUUAUGCAUCAGGCCGUAUGAAAGAAGAAGAUGAUGAUAAAUAUUUGAUCAACAGUAGUGGUAGCGAUGAGGAUGAUUCAAAUUUACCCUUCAAAUGCUUGAUAUGUAGGGAAUCGUUCAAAAAUCCAGUUGUUACGAAAUGUAAACAUUAUUUUUGUGAAAAUUGUGCAUUAAAACACUUUCGGCGAACAUCAAAAUGUUAUGUAUGUGAUCAAAAUACGAAUGGUGUGUUUAAUGUUGCUAAAGAAUUAAUUGCCAAGCUUAAUCAAAAAGGAGAUCAUCAAGAAGGAGCUGAAUUAUUACAUUCAUCAGAUAAUGAAAUACAUGAAGAUCGAGGAGAAAGUGACUCCGGUUUGAAUUAA